ACCAGAGUUAAGCAAGUCACAAUCACCAUGGCGGGUCCCAACAUGGAAGUCUUCAAGUUCGGUGUCUACCUUUUCUUUCCCAUAUGGGUCAUGUAUAAAUUCGGUGAUCCAGAAUGGUACGAAACCUACGUCAGACCUUACAGAGAUAUAGUAUGGCCUCCGUACGAAUCGACCUUUAAACCGCCCAAAACCAGUCCGGAGCUGCACAAAGAGCUAGAGAGGUUGAAAGCGGAGAGAUUAGCCAGGAGGCAGGGCACAUCCACUCAGCCCUCUUCCUUAGCUUCAUUAACCACUCUUCCAACCCCCACCCCCGCCUCAUCAGAUCUGGAUACUCCGCCUGGGACCGAGGAGGUACGGAGACGACAAUCGGGGCCAUGGGAUUGGGCAGCAGAAUCUGAUCAUCGAUUAGUGUGAUAUUGCAGUGUAGAGCAUAAGGCGGACAGAUGAUAUAUCUUGUGACAAUCGGACAUUUCUCAAUCGUGAUAUAUAUAUGUACGAGCCAGUGCAUGCCAAGAGAUCUACGAGUCA